GGGGUUCGAGCCUCAUGGCGUCAUCGGCUUCCUGCAAUGUGGGGGGGUUGUGCGUGUUGCGGAGGAGUGACCAUUCUACGUUCCUAUGGCGGGAGAGGGAGGAAAUUUAGCCACACUGUUGACACCCCCCCCCCCACAAAGUGGUGCUCGUAUCACACGGAUGAUUUUGUGUGGCCAAUGAAGAGCAACUACAGAGAUUCAGCGCAUUUACUGAUGCUGCUGCAUUGAUCAGCGGUGCACAAACAGCAGCAGCAGCGGGGCAGCCCUGGGCGCAUUCGUCGCUGUGUGUGGCCUCGUAAAGCGUCUCGUCAUAGGCGACGUAUCGAGCAAUGGCCCUUUUCCACGACACGUAGGCCAGAGGUUCUGCCGUUGAAGACCAGUGUGAAACCGCAAACAAAAUGACUCUUGAUGAAUCCAGGGCAACUCUGGGCACUCUCUAGAGUUCUGCCAGGUGCCUGCAUGCGCAGCCACCAGCGUGCGUGCGUGAGCGUGCGUGAGCGUGCGCCGCACGUGUAAUGGACAGCGCCACACAGUGCGGCCUCCACGAAGCUCCUGACGCAGCCCGGGAUGCGCACGUGAGUGUGGAGCGCGCCGGCACCGGGGACGCGCGGAGCCACGUGCCUAUGGCCAGGCGCGCGUGGGGCCGAGCGAGCGUGUGUCUCCGCCGGGCGCUGUCGGGAGGCUGGGACGCCUGCCGCCUGUGCCUCCUGCCGCUGGUGCUCGCCUGCCACCUGUGCGGCGACGGCGGCGGGGACGAUGGCGGCGACGCGACCCGCUCCGCCGAACGCGGCUUCCUCUCGCCGCCGUUUCCCUUCCCGCCGCUCGCCGCGCUGCUCCUUCUCGCGCUGCUGUCGGUGGUGGCGACGCUCUACCGCUGCCAGGACCAGCUGCUGUUCUUCCCAGAGCAGCCGGCGAGCUCGCGCGUGUUCGUGCCGCUCCCGCUGGGGGUGCCCCGUGAGGGCGUGCGGGUCCGCGCGCGCGACGGCGUGGCGCUCAGCGCCGUGUUCCUGCGCGCAUGCGACAUCGUGGGAGGCCCCGCCGCCCCGGCCGGCAUCCCGACCUUCAUCUACUUCCACGGCAACGCAGGGAACCUGGGCCACCGCAUGCCCAACGCACUCAUGAUGGUCGCGCACCUGCGAGUGAACGUCCUGCUGCUCGAUUACCGUGGCUACGGCCACAGCGACGGAGAGCCCAGUGAGCACGGCCUCUACCUCGACGCCCAGGCCGCGCUGGCGCACGCGAUGGCGCGCCCCGAUGUGGAUCCGAGCUGCGUCGUCCUCUUUGGCCGCUCGCUCGGUGGCGCCGUGGCCAUCGACCUCGCCGCCCGCCAGCAGCAGCAGCCGGACGGAGACGAUGGCGGCGGCGACGGAAAUGGCCGCCUCCACCACCACCACCGCCGCCGCCUCCACGGGGCGCUGGCGCUGAUCGUGGAGAACACCUUUCUGAGCAUCCCGCACAUGGCGCAAGCGCUCUUUCCGGUGUUCUCACGCGGCGGCAGCGGGUCGUCCUCGUCGUCGUGCCGGCCGUUCCCGCUGCCGUCCUGGUGUUUCCGCAGCCGGUUCCCGUCGCACGAGAACAUCGCGAGCUGCCGCGUGCCCACGCUGUUCGUCUCGGGACUCGCCGACUCGCUGGUUCCCCCCGUCAUGAUGAGCCGGCUGCAUGACCUCUCGCCUGCCCCCCUCAAACGAAUGGCCACGUUUCGUGAGGGGACGCACAACGACACGUGGCAGUGCCGCGGCUACAUCUCCGCGCUCCAGCACUUCCUGCGCGAAGUUCUAGCGGAGCGGAGCGAGGCGCCCUCCGUGCCCGGCGCUCGCGACCUCGGCAACGUCUCCACCACUUCCAUUGGGGGGGGCGGUGGGGGGACCUUUGGGCUGAGUGCCGACGCCCUGGGCGCCGACUUAUUUGCGGCGGCGUCUUCUGCGCGCCGAUCUUUCAGUCAUCAGCAUAGUCAGCAAACUAACGCCACUCUCAUUUAGACUCGCGAGUUGUGUGCGCGCGCGCGUGUGGAUCUGUGCGUGCGGGUGGAUCUGUGCGUGCGGGUGAAGCGCUGGCGAGUUACUGCGAGGAAGGAGCGGGCAUCCGAGCCUUCGGCCGUCAUGAUUUGGUGGCGGCGAGGGCAACCCGAUUGCACUUUGUUGUGAUUUUUCACUCGUCAUGCACACGUUGCCAAAUACAAUUAAAUAACCUUUUAAAAAAAGUCAACGGAAAAAAUUACUGUCAGUGCUAUAUUUGUGUACAGAUUUCACGUGUAAGCGUGCCUAUUUUUCCAUGUCAUUUUUCCAUUGAGACAUAACAAUUCACAAAGAUGUAUUUUAACACCUCCGAAAGCAAAAGUUUAAAACGGAUGAAUUUGUUCAGUUUUCAUGCAUCCAUGGACACGGCCAAGCGCCACCGCCAUUGGUUUUGUGGCGGUUCCACGCAGAAUUUUUUGAAUUUUUCUGGGGGAAUUGCUCUAGCUUCUUGUUUCUUUAGGGUUCUAUGAUAAUGAAGAGUAUUGGGUGUGGCAGUUUGCUAUCCUUUUUUGGGUUUUCUGGAUUUCAGGUUUCUCAAACUGAUGGGAGUUGAAUAAAAUACGUCUUUAUGUGUG